CCAUACAUUCAAUUUGAUGCAUCUGAUGAUUCUACAAUAAUUAGAAGUUAUCUUACAAUGGAGCUGCCAGGAUAGGGUUUUUCUCAGUUGCUAAGGAUUUUUCUUUUGAGGAUAUGAGGAUAUUCUUGCAUUGUGUAUCACUAUUUAUUUCUAUGGCAUAUGGUAAGAGUAUCAUGGUGGUAAGGUAUUGUUAUCUUUGGGUACUGUUGUGCUGAAGAGCGAUGCACUUUCAAGGUUUUGUCCCUGGAUCUAGGGAGAGCUUAUGACACCUCUUGAAGUCGUUGAAGAAUCGGAUUAUAGUCUUUGAAAAGUGAGCACAUGGCAUGAUUAGAACCCAUGACCUCUAGCACAUAGAGGAUUCAUGGGCAUAGAACCCAUUCUUCAACUACUUCAACUACUUCAACUACUUCAACUACUUCAACAUGCAUUUAGGCUCUCUUUAGAGCUUGAGGACAAUGCCUUGAGGGCAGCACGAUUCUCUGACUGCAUACAUGCAAUGGAUAUAUUUAGAGCUUUUGGCUGGAUGCUACCAGCCAUUGCCAUAUCGUUGUUGCUUGGAACUGGCCCAAAUGCUUUUAUCAUGGCGUUAGCAGUUCCACUAGGGCAGUCAGCACUUUCACUUGUGUUCGAUAAAGUUUCUGGAAGGACAAGUGAGAGUUGGAAAUCUGCACCCAGAAGCAAGACCAAGAAGAAACAAUUUACAAGAGCUGCUGCUAAUAACACAAGAACGAACAAGGGAAAACAAGAACCAAAUAAGACUGGCGGAGAGAAGGAAAGUUACAGCUCAUGGUUGAAUACGGAUGGUGGUUUACAAGAUAAGGGUGGUCAGAGAGUCCCAAAGUAUGGCGGAUGGGAUCAACUGGAUGAUCAAGUAGAGACCCAAAAAAGGGCAACAAGUCGAAAGGGAAAUGGAGCACCGAAGCAACGAAAGGAGGAUAAAUUUAGCAGGGUGGGGAGAGACAGAGUCAGAGACACACCAUUGCUGCUGAGGUUGUUGAUUGCCGUUUUUCCGUUCUUGGGAUCUUGGUCUAGGUUCCUGUUUUGAUUUUUCUACUACCAGAAAAUACAUGGACGUCAUUGACAGAAAGAAAAAUGAACUUAUACUGCUGCUGCUUAGGCACUGUCCAUACUGGACAUGAGAAGAAGCCAGUGCAAUGUGAUGCUACCAACCAAGUGCCAGUUUGGUGCUGGAAGUAAGUUGCUAAAGAAAAAGCCAAAUUAGCCGUAAGCUUGUUUAUACCUUAUAAACUGCAUACCAAUUGGAUAAAUUGACUUGGGAUAGGAGGUAUUGAGAUGUUACCACAGGUGAUGUUGUAUCAGUGAAUGGAUUGUGUGAUCUUUGCCUAACCCUAUACCACUGCCAUUUUUAUUUUUUAUUUGGCAAGUCCUUGGUCACCUGUUCGUAUGUGAUGAAAUCUGAAGUAAAAUAAUUAAAAAAUUGAAAUUUAUAUA